AAAAACAAAAAAAAAGUAGAAAUAAAUCCAUCACUACCAUAGUACCACCUCUCUCUCUCUCUCUCUCUCACACACAUGCACACACAAUUUUUACCUUAACUUUAGUGAUUGUAUUUAUUACUACUACAACGAAUAAUGUUUCAAUUCAGAUAGGAGAUCAAUCAAUAAAUGUUAGUUUUUAUUGAGUACUAUUUUUUUGAACAUAUGUCCAGCAAAAUACAUACUCCCCUACAUUUAAUUUUAUAGCAUUUGAAAUAAAGCUCUCAUGCAAUAAUAACUUAAGAAAACUCAUGAUGGGCAGUACUGUAACUAUAUUUACAAUUCUUUCGUCAAAACCGUGUUAUCAAUAUUUUGUCUAUCUUUUAAAUAGAGAAAUAUCUAGAAAAAGUAAUUUCUUGUUUAACAUUCUGAUCAAAAUAUAUUCCUGGAACCGCGAGGGCCUUUUAUUUCUUUUAGAUCCUUCCAUUCUUUGAGAAUCUUUUAAUUAGAUCCUUUUCAACUAAGCCUAAAAACUUGCAAUCGUAUAAAAUACUACCAAAUUAUGUUUCAAUCAUGCAUGUUGUGAUCCAACUGAAUUCUUAUGUCAACCCUCGUCGUUCAAAGUACUCAAACUUCGUAUAUACCAAGGGAAAAUAAUCCAGUAGUUUGUUAGGACAUCAUUAGUUGGUAUUUAGACAGUUUUCUAGAGCUGAGUGCCAGCCUAAGCUCAUCAAUCACCGAAUAAUCAACUCUCAAACCUCUCCAUGGACUUCUGUAUAUAAUGCAACACUCUCCCAAUAACUCCGUCACACUUUCACAGCUAGCACUGCUAAAGAGAGAGAGAGAGAGAGAGAGAGAGAGAUGGGGCAGACGGAGGAGGAGAGUGUGAAACUAGGAGCCAACACGUUUCCGGAAGGGCAGCCGUUAGGGACGGCAGCGCAGGGAGGAGACAGGGACUACUCGGAGCCGCCGCCUUCGCCGCUGUUCGAGUGGGGGGAGCUAACCUCCUGGUCCUUCUACAGAGCCGGAAUCGCAGAGUUUAUGGCAACUCUUCUGUUUCUAUACAUCUUAGUCAUGACGGUGAUUGGGGUUGGCCAGACCUCCGACAAGUGCUCGACUGUUGGAUUACAGGGUAUUGCUUGGGCCGUUGGUGGCAUGAUCUUUGUCCUUGUCUACUGCACUGCCGGCAUCUCAGGGGGGCAUAUUAAUCCGGCAGUGACAUUUGGGCUACUACUGGCAAGAAAACUAUCAUUGACAAGGGCAAUUUUCUACAUGAUAAUGCAGUGUCUUGGAGCAAUUUGUGGAGUGGGAAUAGCGAAAGGGCUCGAGAAGAGCGGCCGGUACGAGCAAUUUGGUGGUGCCGCCAAUGUUGUGGCACAUGGCUACACCAAGGGCGUUGGCCUUGCUGCUGAAAUCGUUGGCACCUUCGUGCUUGUGUAUACGGUUUUCUCCGCCACUGAUGCCAAGCGCAGUGCCAGAGACUCCCAUGUUCCUAUUUUGGCUCCAUUGCCAAUUGGGUUUGCAGUGUUUGUGGUGCAUUUGGCGACUAUUCCAAUUACAGGGACUGGUAUUAACCCGGCUAGGAGUUUUGGUGCAGCAGUCAUCUACAACAGUAGCCAUGCUUGGCAUGACCUUUGGAUUUUUUGGGUGGGACCUUUUGUCGGGGCAGCACUCGCAGCUUUGUACCAUCAGGUCGUGAUUAGGGCCAUUCCCUUCAAAUCCAAGUGAUCAUCUCCGGUGAUCCAUUACCAGCGGUGUGGUUGUUUAUUUGUGACCAUUGAUUUUCUGUUUCUCUUGUUUCUUUUGCAUAUGCAAUGUGUAUGCCUCGGUGAAAUGUAUUUUAAAUGUAAUUUCUUGUGACCCAUUAACAAGGAUGUGUUUGUUUAUUUGUGAUCAAGAUUGGGAUGCCUAAUGAAUGGACACAAUCAAAAGUUUGAUACUAUUUCGUCAUUGUAAGAACAUCUCCAAUCAAAUCUUUACAAUGAAGAAUCGUACCACUCCUGCUUCAUUUGCAUUCUUCA